GAAGCUGAAAUGGGGGAAACGGAGUGGUAACUCAUGAGACGACUGACCGGGUCGUCACAGAAAUAUCUUACUCUGAAAAGUUAAAUCUGAUACCAAUGAUCUUUGAGUUUAUUAAACACAUAAUAAGAAGGUUUGCCCACAACCCUUUUUCUGUCAUUGACAUUGGUCAGAUUAUUAUUGGUAUCAUCAUUCUUGCAAUUCCUGUAUUUUGUAAAAUUGAGCUUUCAACUGUGAUUUUAUUUGGAAGAUAACUGUAUAAUUGUGAUGCUUUUAGUAUGGAAGAGAUGCACAUUGCUGCCCAGGAUGCUGAAAAUGGCUUACCAUCUCGCCGGCCCAUAAUUGAGAUGACAAUUCCUACUGUCUUUGACAAGACAAUCUCUCCAUCAGGAAAACAUGUGAUUGGUUUAUUCAUCCAGUACACACCUUAUAAACCAUCUGAUGGCAGCUGGGAAAAUCCUGCAUAUAGAGAAUCAUUUGCCCAGAGAUGCUUUAGCAUGAUAGAUGAAUAUGCUCCUGGAUUUAGCUCAUCAAUUAUUGGGUAUGAUAUGUUGACUCCUCCAGAUCUUGAAAGAGAAAUUGGUUUGACAGGAGGCAAUAUAUUCCAUGGAUCCAUGGGAUUAGAUUCUUUGUUUUUAAUGCGGCCGGUGAAAGGAUGGUCAAAUUAUCGGACUCCAGUUGAAGGUCUAUACCUGUGUGGCAGCGGGGCACAUCCUGGUGGCGGAGUAAUGGGCGCCCCAGGACGCAAUGCUGCGCAUGUUGUCAUUGAAGACUUAAAGAAAUCAUGAAGCUGCUGGUGAUGGAGUAAUGGGCGCCCCGGCAGGAACAUUGUUUCCUGUUGUGAAUUUUUGGCUAGUUACAUCAGUUAAAUAUUAUUGACAAAUUUUCAGCAGAGCCAACUCUCAAGCCAAAAGUGAACUGGUGUUCAUCCUAUUGUCCGUCAAAUAUUUCACUAAUACUUUGACUACUUUGAAUUCCUGUGUGUUUAGAGCCAAAUGGGAACUACACAGAGAAUUUGCUUUCA